GGUCUUUUAAUUGAAAUUUGCUGCUGAAUUCCUCAAUCAGAAGUUAGCUUACACUGGACACACCGGAUAGGAACGAAGAUGACAGGACGUGUCAUUGAUAUAGGAAUUGUACACAUGGAUUUUGACGCAGACUGUAUGGCCAGUGGUCCUUGUUCGGAAAAGGAGAUUCGUCCUGAAAUGGACGUUUCAGACAUUCACCCGAAUGGCAAUGGAGAGCAUGCAAGCGACAGUGUGAAGAAGAUGAACGGCAGCUUUUUGGAAACUUCUAAGUUGUCCGUGUUGGCUCUUGCCGAUACAACAGUUUUAGCCGAAGAUAUUUCUGACUGUGACCUCGAAGACGACGAAUCGCCUGGUAUCGAAGACGAAGAUGCUGAAAGGUUUCAGGUGCGUGAAGUCCCUGACGCCAAAAGAUUGUCUUCGAGUGAUCCCGGGAAACUGAAAUCUGAUGCAAACACCGCGAACCUCGAUGGCGGCGAUCGAGGAACAAGGUCUUGCAUGAAAAAUGAGCAAACGGCCAAAUCGAGCAAGGGCAGACGACUGGGCUUCGCGACGUUGACUGUACGGGAGUAUCCACGAGUCCUGGGGGACAACGUCUGCAUGAUAGGCGCGCCCAUAAGCCUCGCCUGGGAACACGAUCCCGAAAAUGUCCAAAUUUAUGACCUUGUAGAAUACGAUGAGGCAGUUAAGAGCACGAGGCGGACUCAAACAGAACUAAAAAUGCCCAGCAAGCAUCGCGAAAAACUUUUGCGAGAGAUGGGAUAUACUGGAAGAGAAAUACAGGAAGCGGUCAAGAAAUCAAACAUAGCUAGGAACCAUCGAAAACGAACGGUAGAGAUGUUAAAGAUGCAACCUCUUCACGAAGCAUUCGAAAAACUAGGCAGGUUUGGAAAGAAGGUUUCGGGGCGCAAAAAAGAUGACAUCUUGAAUUACAAGAAGUCAAUAUGAAACGCGGAAAGCGCGUAACUAGAUACAUGAAUAGACACCUGCUAAUUGG